UGGAUAAACAUAGUACGGGCAGCAAUGUCCUUCAAAACUUUGCGGAAGAUGGUGCAGCAAGUAAAGCCUCCACUGCGAGGAGUGGUUUUUGACUUGGAUGGGACCCUCACCGUGCAAAAUUUGGAUUUUCGAGCUAUGCAUGACCGCUGCGGAGUUCCAGCUGGCGAGGAUCUACUGCAAGCUGUGGCUGCGAUGGACGGUGCUCAAAGGCAUCAUGCAGAAAAUGUCAUUGAGGAGAUGGAAGAGGAGGGACGUCGCACAUUGCAAUUGGCCCAGGGUGCUGUUGAACUUGGCAAAUGGUUGCAUUGGUGGAAUGUGCCCACAGCGAUUGUCACUCGCAACACGCAAGCAACAGUGCAGCAUUUGCAUGAAAAACUGUGGUGCCCAUACAACUUGCCAAAAUUUUGGCCUUCAGUUGCGCGAGAAUUUGUACCACCAAAGCCGCAUCCUGCUGCCCUAGAGAUGAUUGCCUGGGAAUGGGAUGUCGCCCUUGGGCAGGGGCUGCUUAUGGUUGGCGACUCGCCGUCCAAUGAUAUCGCCUUUGGCAAGGCGGCUGGCGUGUCAACAGCACUCGUAGAUGCAGACCGCAGACAUUUUGAAGAGCAAACAGGUGCAGACUUUGUCGUGCAGAGCCUCGUGGAGCUUCCACGCAUUCUGUGGCAACAUUUCGACGUCAACCCCUCGGCUGAAGGUCCUCGGAGACGCCCUCCAAUUCCAAUCAGUGCAGCUUGCCGUGCAGCCUCAUCGGGCGAUGUGCCCACAUUGCAGCACAUGGAGUUGAAGGACCUUGAGGCUUCAGAUGAAUUUGGCAAUACUCCGCUCAUAUGGGCAGCUGAGUCUGGGAGUGUCGCAGUGGUGGAAAUGCUUCUAGCUGCUGGGGUGGACGCAAAUGCCAAAGGAUAUGCCGGGAACUCUGCCAUCUCCCGGGCAUCUCGCCAUGGACAUGAGCCGAUACUUCGAAGCUUGCUUGCUGCAAAAGUGGGAAUCAAAUUGGACGACCCAAAUGACAAGCUGCAGUCUCCUUUGCACUUCGCUGCCUUCUACCAGCACUCUCAAGCCGUUCAAUUGCUACUGGACGCUGGUGCUAGCACCAUAUCGAUUGACAGCAAGGGAAGAACCCCUGCAGACUUCGCAGGUGACUCGGGCCACGCAGACGACCACGCAUGUGGAAUACGAGACAUGAUCCUCCGGGUGAGGGAAACACAUUUGAAGUAGCCACCGCCUAGGCAGAAGGAUGCCGGAGGCAAUUUAUGUUUUAGUUUCUAAAGUAGGCUUUGAUGCCAGGACCUGUAAGAGCAUAAACACGCAUUGGAUACAAAAGAUUUUGCCUCAGUUUUUUCGGCAAUUGGUGCAGUUUGCAGUAAUUGCAAUCGUUGCCAGUGACCGCAGUUUUUCCUUUUGGCCUCAUCUUGAACGGCAGCCAGCAAACGCAGAGACGAGAAUAGACGCAUGAAGAUGCAAACAGGUGCAC